CUCCUUCCUUCCAUUCCCCUGUCUACCUCUGGCAGCUCUCACUCCUUCCAACUCUCCCUCGAUCACUGCGUCAAAGUACCUCAGAAGCUCCGGCGUCGAAGAUUUUCGCAUUUCGGUCGGUGUUAGUCUGUAAUGACGGUGUUCUCCGGCAAGCAGGUGGUCCCGGUGGACUACGGCGCCGAGGUGUCGCAGCGGCUCCUCGAAGCCUGCCUCGCCGGCGAUCUCAGAUCCGCGCUCGACUGCAUUCCCGAUCCCUCCCUCGACGUCAACUUCGUCGGAGCCGUCUGCUUGAAGUGCCGCCGCAGCGAGGUCGUCCUCCGCGACGAGUCCCCCGGCGAGGUCAGAGUCGAGUACGAGGAGUUCAGGACCGACGUCACCGCUCUCUUCCUCGCCGUCCACUCCGGCAACGUCGCUCUCGUCAGGAACCUUCUGAGCGUGGGAGCUGACGUGAACCAGAAGCUCUUCAGGGGGUUUGCGACAACAGCAGCAGUAAGAGAGGGCCACCUUCAGAUUCUAGAGAUCUUGCUCAAAGCUGGCGCGUCUCAGCCGGCUUGUGAAGAGGCACUCCUGGAAGCUAGCUGUCACCAAGGGCGGGCGAGGUUGGCCGAAGCAUUGAUGGGGUCUGAUCUCAUUCGGCCCCAUGUUGCUGUGCAUGCCCUUGUCACCGCUUCCUGCCGUGGGUUCGUCGAUGUUGUCGAUACCCUGAUGAAGGUCAUGAUCUGUCUUUUGCAGUGUGGUGUGGACUUCAACGCCACCGACAGGUUGCUAUUGUUGUCGUCUAAGCCUUCUCUCCACACCAAUGUUGACUGCUCUGCGCUCGUUGCUGCUGUUGUUUCUAGGCAGGUUGAUGUAGUUCGCUUGCUGCUAAAGGCUGGCGCGAAAACUGAUGUGAAAGUGAGGCUAGGAGCAUGGUCAUGGGACACAACCACCGGCGAGGAGUUCCGGGUCGGCGCUGGACUGGCCGACCCUUACGGCAUCGCAUGGUGCGCCGUCGAGUACUUCGAAGCCACCGGAACCAUCUUGAGAAUCCUCCUCCAACAACACUUCUCACCAAAUACCACCCACCACGGUAGAACCUUGCUCCACCACGCCAUCCUCUGCUGCAACCCAGCCGCUGUCAACGUGCUCUUAACCUCUGGCGCCGAUGCAGAGUCCCCUGUUCAUACUUCGAAACAAGCCUUCAGACCAAUCCACAUGGCCGCCCGCUCAGGCUCGCCACAAAUCCUCAAGCUCCUGAUCAACUCCGGCUGCCAUCUCAACUCCACCACGGACUCCGGCGACACCGCUUUGAUGAUCAGCGCAAGGUACAAACACGGUGAGUGUCUCAAAGUACUCGCCAUGGCCGGUGCAGAUUUCGGCCUACUCAACAACGCAGGCCAAUCUGCACUCUCACUGGGUACAGCAAACCGCUGGUCGCUCGGUUUCCAGCAAGCAGUACACGAAGCAAUUAGAGCACGAAAUGGUGAAAAGGUCAUUGUUUCGAGCAGUCUGUCCGUCUUCAACCCUCUCUUCUUCGUAGCUCAAUCCAGCGACGCUGAGGCAUUGCAGGUUCUGAUCAAGUCAGGGGAGAUCAGCCUUAACUACCAAGAUGAGGUCAACGGCUACUCUGCAGUAAUGUGCGCAGCUCUACACGGCCGUGUAGAGUCCUUCAGGGUGCUGGUCUACGCGGGGGCCGAUGUCAAGCUACAGAACAAAGCCGGCGAGACAGCCAUCUCAAUCUCCGAGCUGAACUCAAACCGCGACUCAUUUGAGAAGGUGAUGCUCGAGUUUGCACUCGAGCAAGGCAACAGAAACUCCUCCUCCGGAGGGUUUUACGCACUGCAUUGUGCUGCUCGUCGUGGGGACACUACUGCAGCAGAGCUUCUGACGUGUAGAGGCUACGAUGUCAACGUUCCAGACGGAGAUGGGUACACUCCGCUGAUGCUGGCAGCGAAAGGUGGCUUCAAGUCCAUGUGCGAGUUGUUGAUAUCUCAUGGUGCUGACUGCGAGUUCAGGAACGCCAGAGGUGAGUCUGCAGUUUCUCUGGCCAAGAACAAGGAAGUGAGGAACGUGGUACUCGACGAGCUUGCACGCAAGCUCGUUGUUCGAGGGUGUCGUGUGAUGAAGCAUACAAAGGGAGGUAGAGGGGUGGCUCAUGAGAAGGAGAUCAGGAUGGUGGUGGCGACAGGAGUUUUGACGUGGGGGAAGAGUGGCCGGAGAAAUGUGGUCUGCUUGGAUGCAGAGGUUGGAGCCAGUAAAGGGUUUUGGAGGAACAGAAAGAGCAGAGGAGAUGGCGAGGUGUCGCCCGGGUUGUUUCGGGUGAUUACCACGAAGAAGAAAGAGGUUCAUUUUGUAUGUGAUGGUGGCGAUAAGAUGGCCGAGCUUUGGGUUAGAGGGAUAAAGCUGGUUACUAGAGAGGCUAUCUGCGGUUGAAAGAUGGGGGGGAAGUAGUAUACAUAUUACAUAGAGAAGAGAGAUGAUGAGGGGGUUUGGUUUAGAGAGGAGUUUACUUCUUCUUGAAGUAAGCUGUGGAGAGUUAUUGAUUUUGUAAAGUUCUCUUUUAAUCCACCUGUAGUUAAAAGUGGCUAUUUUCAAUCCGAGAAGUUUAGUAGAACAAAAUGUAAUAACCAUAGUUGGUGAAUCAAAGGAUUAUAACGAACUAGUUAAUGAAGAUGAUAACCAGAUAUUGUAGAACAAAAUGUGAUAUGGAAGGAAGGAAGAAAAAAGCGAAA